CUUUUCCAAACUGUAGCGCUCAUGGCCGCGUUGCUAUGGUAGCGGCCCUUCAACAAGCUGCUGUCUAGUAGUGCGGGGAACAUGCCGGCCGGACCCGGGGACCCGAGGAAGCGUUUCCUCCUCACCACCGUGCACAAUUAUUUCGGGCUGGUUUGGAGGGCCGUAGUGGAUUCCAGUGACACAAAAGAAAAAGUUCUUGUAUAUUUCAAGAUACGACCAGAUGUCAUCACAGAGGACAAUCUGCAUGAAAAUGUAUUGGUUUCAUCUAUGCUGGAUUCCCCAAUCAAUACCCUAUACCAGGCUGUCAGGCAGAUCUUUGCUCCAUUGUUAUUAAAGGAUGAGAAAUGGAGCAAGGAGUUUGAUCCCAAGCUGCAGGCUUUGCUCAGUGACCUAGAGGCUGGUCUAGGCAGUGUGCUGAGAAGGCCUGUGUCUAGCAGAGAUGGUUCUAAGUCUGGUGGAGGGGACAGCCUGCAAGGUAUCGUAACCCCCAGUGAUGAGUUUCAGUUCUGGUCAGAAAUCGCAGAGAGCAGAAGUAAGCCUAACAUCCGGGAAAGAGCGGGGCAUUUUAUGAGUCUUUUUCAAACUAUUGAAAAGUAUUACAAUAGUCUGGAUAAUCUGCCCAUGGCUGAGGUGGUAGAACUUGUAGAAACUACAAAGGAAGUGGUGGAUGAUGUGUGGAGACAAACUGAACAUGAGCCAUAUCCUGAGCUCCGGAUGAAGCACCUGUUGGAGAUUAUUGGAAAUGCUUUGGGCAGAAGUGUUCAGAAGAACCUUGGAGCAAUGAACCUCUGGGUGGACCCAUUUCCUGCAGUGAAGGAGAACCUGCGGGCAGGGAUCAGUGUCUGUGAACAGUGGACAGCAGCAUGUGAAUACCUUACUGGUCAGCUGUGGCAACGCUACACUCCACACCCCUGGAAGAAUGAGAAAUAUUUCCCAGAAUUCCUUUACAAGCUAGGCAAACGCCUGGAAGAGGUGUUCACUAUAAGAAUCAUGCAUGAAAAGUUGGCCUAUCUCCUGCCCACCGGUGAAGAUCGUACUCAGCGAUAUGGGAAAGUGUUUGAACCUUUUUCUGGAUUGAACCCAGUGCAUUACAACCCAUACACAGAGCCUCUCUGGAGAGCUGCAGUUUCACAGUAUGAGAGAAUAAUUGAACCUGCAGAGGAGAAAAUAGCCAGCAAACUGAAGUCCUACUUUUCUGAGAUUCAGGACAGUCCACAACAGCUCCUGCAAGCUUUUCAGAAACAUAAAGACAUGGUUAAGAGACCAAAUAUUGGGAAACAGCUCAUUACAGAAAGGGAAACUCUGCUGGCAAGACUCUUGGAUUAUAUCAAAGAAAUUCAAUCGGAUUUUGAAACACAUUGUCAUGGCUCACCUGGGGAAUCUUCUGGUCCACUGUCAGGCAAGAACCUCCCUGAAGUUGUGAAUAAUAUUGUGUGGGUCCGCCAGCUGCAGUUAAAGGUGGAAGAUUCAGUGAAGAUAGCGGAAGCCCUUCUGUCUGACUUGUCUGGAUUUCAAGCCUUCCAUAAAAAAGCUGCAGAGCUGCUGGAACAGUUUAAAGAAUAUGAACAAGAACAAUUUAACGAUUGGUCGAGAGAAAUUCAGGCUGGGUUAUCCGACCCUAAAUCAGGUUUCUGCAUCCAGCCCAACAAUCUGGUUAUGGAACUGGAUCACUCUAAUGGAGCAUUGCAAAUCCACUAUUCUGACCGGCUUGUAACUCUGUUGCGGGAAGUUCGGCAGCUUUCAGCGCUCGGAUUAUUAAUCCCAGCCAAGAUUCAACAAGCAGCCAAAACUGCAGAGAAGUUCUAUAAACCUGCAUUGAUUCUUAAACAGGUUGCCCAUUUCUACAACACAAUAGAUCAGCAAAUGAUACAAAGUCAGCGGCCCAUGAUGUUAAAGUCUGCACUGGCUUUUGAGCAGAUAAUAAAGAACUCCAGGGCAAAUUCUGGUGAGAAGGAUAAUAAGGCACAAAUAACAUGGGACAGUCCUAAAGAGCUGCAAAGUUAUAUUGAGAAGCUCCAGAGUGCAGCUGAACAAUUGUCCACUGAGAACAGGAAACUCCGGAAAAAGCACUUUGACUUCUGCGAGAAGGUUGUUGCUCUUAUGAAUGUUGAUUUACUCCGUCAACAACAGCGAUGGAAAGAUGGCCUUGUGGAAAUGCGCACCGUUUUCUCUGAUCUUGAAUAUCGGGGGAUGCGGUCGAGUGACAUGAAGGCCUGGCGCCAACACUGGGAUCAUCAGCUUUACAAGGCUCUCGAGCAUCAGUAUCAAAUGGGCCUGGAGGCACUUAACGAAAAUCUCCCAGAAAUUACCAUUGAUCUGACCUUUAAGCAAGGAAGAUUACAGUUUAAACCUCCCUAUGAAGAAAUCCGUGCCAAAUAUUACCGGGAUAUGAAAAGGUUCAUUUCUAUUCCGAACCAGUUCCGGGGUCUGAGCGAGACCGGCGAAGAGCCAAUUUUUACUGCAAUGCCUGACAGGAAUGCUAAUGGCCUCAUCACCGUGUUCAGUAAAGCAGAGGAUUUGUUCCGAAGGUUAUCUGCAGUCAUGGAUCGAUUUAAGGAAUGGAUAGUAAUUGGUCGAGUAGAUGUGGAUGCCCUGAUUGAAAAACAUUUGCGUGACAUUCAUGACUGGGAGAAAAACUUUAAAGCCCUUAAAGUGCGAGGAAAAGAAGCUGAACGACUACCUAGCACUAUGAAGAUAGAUUGCAUGACUAUUAACUGUAAUCCAGUAAAGGCAGUCAUAGAUGAUCUCAUUCAGAAGUUGUUUGAUUCUCUAGUAAUAUCUUUAAAAAGAUCCAUCCAAGCGCAUUUGCAUGAGAUUGAUAGUUUUGUGUCCGACGGAAUGGAGAUGUUGUCCAGCCGGCCCCAGAGUAUUGAAGAGAUUGGGGAAGCCAACAAGAAACAUGGAGAGUUAAAACUUAGGAAACCUGAGAUACUUCCUUUAUUUAAAGACGCUGAAGACAGAAACCGGUUACUGCGCUCGGUGGCAGGAAGUGGCUUGGAUACCAUUGGUAAUCUCAGGGCAAAGUGGGAUAAAUUUGAAUUAAUGAUAGAGAGUCAUCAGCUAAUGGUGAAAGAGCAGAUUGAAAUAAUGAAAGAAAAUGUGAAGACAAGAGUAACAAUUUACACCCAAGAAUUAGAAAAAUUCAAAGCCCGUUGGGAUCAGUUUAAACCUGGUGAUGAUAUCAUUGAAAGUGGAAAUGAAGACAUUUUACAAAAAAGUGCUCAGUCUAUAAAAGAAAAGAAAAUGGAGUUCGAUGAGCUUGAAGCCAUAAAGAAGAAACUGAUUGAUGACUGUGUGCACUUUGAACUGGAGGCUCCAGACUUCGCCAUAGCAGAGGAGAUACGGCUUGAUAUUGAUGGCUGCAUGAAAACCUGGUCUCUGUAUGAAGAGUUCUAUCAAGUAUUUAAUGAGAAGGCAAGGGAAGACUGGAUCUCUUUCAGGAGCAAAUAUUACAGCUUUGAGGAGUUUUUGCUGUCUUGGCAUGACAGACUGAGGAAAAUGGAGGAGCACACUACCAUGUCUGUGAAGUUACAGGCAGAAAUUGACAAAUACAAGAUGGUGGUUCCUGUCCUCAAGUAUGUUCGUGGCGAGCACUUGUCACAAGACCAUUGGCUUGACCUCUUUAGACUUCUUGGACUUCCAAAGGGAACCACUUUGGAAAAGUUGCUGUUCGGAGAUUUACUAAAAGUAUCUGAUAUGAUAAUAUCAAAAGCUUCAGAACUCAAAGAUUUGAAUAGCCGAGCCCAAGGAGAAAUAACCAUCCGAGAAGCCCUGCGAGAACUCGACAUAUGGGGGACUGGUGCAGUGUUUACAUUAACAGAUUAUGAGGACAGCCAUAAACAUAUGAUAAAGCUGAUUAAAGAUUGGAAAGACAUUGUCAAUCAGGUGGGAGACAACCGCUGUCUUCUCCAAUCUUUGAAAGACUCUCCCUACUACAAAAGUUUUGAGGAUAAAGUGUCCAUUUGGGAGAAGAAACUGGCAGAACUGGAUGAGUAUCUUCAAAAUCUCAACCAGAUCCAAAGGAAAUGGGUCUACCUGGAGCCCAUUUUUGGUCGUGGAGCCCUUCCCAGAGAAGAAGCUCGCUUCAACAGAGUUGACGAAGACUUUCGGUCUAUAAUGUCAGAUAUAAAAAGAGACAACAGAGUGACAAUGUUGACCUCACGGGUUGGAAUAAGAAACUCUUUGAUAACUAUCCUGGAUCAGCUUCAGAGAUGCCAGAAAUCCUUGAAUGAGUUUUUGGAGGAAAAGCGUUCAGCCUUCCCCCGGUUUUAUUUUAUCGGAGAUGAUGAUCUGCUCGAGAUACUGGGCCAGUCCACAAACCCCACAGUGAUCCAGUCACACCUCAAGAAACUUUUUGCCGGAGUGAAUAGUGUUGAUUUUGAUGCUGACUUCAAGCACAUAGUUACCAUGAAAUCGCUGGAGGGUGAGGUGGUUCCAUUACAAAACAAGGUUCUGGUCACUACGGAUGUUGAGGUCUGGCUUAGUAGUUUGGCCUCCCAGAUGAAGUCCACCUUACAGACAUUACUGGUGGAAUGCGUAGCAUCAGGCAAGAAGUCUCAGGGUACCAUAGACCCCCUUCGCUUUCCUUCUCAGAUCCUUUGUCUAGCAGAGCACAUUCAGUUCACAGAAGAUGUUGAGAAUGCCAUACGGUCCCAUAAUCUCCAUGAGGUGGAAUUGGAGCUUACUGCUAAACUGGAACACUACACCAGUAUUGAUGACACUUCAGGUUCAGAUGAUGCAGGCAUACUUGAAUUAAAGCUGAAGGCUCUUAUCCUGGAUAUCAUCCACAACAUCGAUGUUGUGAAGCAGCUGAUCCAAGCCCAGGUAUACAGCCCUGAAGACUGGGUAUGGAAGAAACAGUUGCGAUUCUAUAUGUCACCUGCCAAGAAGUGUUAUGUGCAGAUGGUCGAUGCUGAGAUUGAGUACACCUAUGAGUACCAGGGCAAUGCACCCAAGCUGGUAUACACUCCUCUAACAGAUAAAUGCUAUCUUACGCUGACUCAGGCCAUUAGGAUGGGGCUAGGAGGAAACCCAUACGGCCCCGCAGGAACUGGGAAAACAGAAUCUGUGAAAGCCUUGGGUGGUCUACUGGGACGGCAAGUUUUGGUUUUCAACUGUGAUGAGGGUAUUGAUGUAAAAUCCAUGGGAAGGAUCUUUGUAGGGUUAGUGAAGUGUGGAGCUUGGGGUUGCUUUGAUGAAUUCAACAGGCUUGAGGAAGCUGUACUUUCUGCUGUCUCCAUGCAAAUUCAGACCAUUCAAGAUGCUCUUAAGAAUCAAAAAUCUUCAUGUGACCUUCUAGGAAAAGAGGUGGAGCUAGAUUCCAAUUCUGGUAUUUUUAUAACCAUGAACCCUGCUGGCAAGGGUUACGGUGGGCGCCAAAAGUUACCAGAUAACCUAAAACAGUUAUUCCGGCCUGUCGCCAUGUCCCGACCUGACAAUGAGCUUAUUGCCGAAGUCAUCCUCUACUCAGAAGGAUUCAAGGAGGCCAAAGCACUUGGCAGGAAGCUAGUGGCCAUCUUCAACCUAGCUAGAGAGCUCUUGACACCUCAACAGCAUUAUGAUUGGGGAUUACGUGCACUGAAGACCGUCCUCCGAGGAUGUGGGAAUUUACUUCAGCCAUUAAAGAAAAAUGGAAUGAAAAUGAAAGUCAACGAAAGCCAUAUUGUGGUCCAGGCCCUGAGGCUAAAUACUAUGUCAAAGCUGACAUUUGCUGACUGCUCCCGCUGUGAUGCUUUGAUUAAAGACGUCUUUCCAGGAAUUGAUUUUAAAGAUGUUGAGUACUUGGAGUUAAAUGCAGCUUUGCAGCAGGUCUUUGAAGAGGCAAAUCUAGAAAUUAUACCAAGUCAGAUUAAAAAGGCACUGGAACUCUAUGAACAGCUACGCCAGAGAAUGGGUGUGGUCAUUGUUGGGCCCAGUGGUGCAGGCAAGUCCACCCUAUGGCGCAUGUUAAGAGGAGCACUUGGCAAAAUUGGGAAGGUUGUUAAGCAGUAUACCAUGAACCCUAAAGCAAUGCCGAGACACCAACUGUUGGGUCACAUAGACAUGGACACACGAGAGUGGUCAGAUGGAGUCCUAACCAACAGCGCUCGUCAGGUUGUCAGAGAGCCUCAAGACAUCAACUCUUGGAUAAUCUGUGAUGGUGAUAUUGAUCCAGAGUGGAUUGAGUCUCUAAAUUCUGUACUUGACGAUAACCGACUCCUCACCAUGCCCAGUGGAGAGCGAAUCCAGUUUGGUCCCAAUGUUAACUUCAUCUUUGAAACGCACGAUCUGAGCAGUGCCUCUCCAGCCACCAUAUCUAGAAUGGGGAUGAUUUUCAUGAGCGACGAGAACACUGAUCGGAACUCUUUGAUCCGCUCCUGGCUCCGGGGACAGCCAGAAGCACACAGACAUAAUUUGGAGAACUGGAUCGGAGAUUAUUUUGAGAAGGCAUUAAAUUGGGUUCUUAAACAGAAUGAUUUUGUAGUGGAAACCAGUCUCAUAGGAACAGUUCUGAAUGGAUUGUCUCACCUUCAUGGCUGUACUGAUCGCAGUGAGUUCAUUAUCAGUCUUAUUCGAGGCCUCGGAGGAAAUCUCAAUAUGAAGUCUAGGAAUGACUUUGCUAAAGAGGUCUUCAGCUGGGCUAGGGAAUCUCCACCUGAUCCUCGUAAACCACUGGAAACCUAUUAUGACAGUAAAAGUGGACGCUUGAUGUCCUACAACCUGGAAAAACCAGAUAACUUAACUAUUGAAGACUUUAGUAAUCCUCAGGCACUUCCUGUCAUCAGAACUCCUGACAUCCAGAGAGGGCUUGACUACUUUAGACCAUGGCUUGGCGCUGACACCAAACAGCCCUUCAUACUGGUUGGACCAGAGGGCUGUGGGAAGGGAAUGCUUCUUCGCUAUGCAUUUUCUCAGCUCCGCUCAACGCAGAUCGCUACGGUUCACUGCAGUGCUCAGACAUCUUCCCGCCACAUCUUACAGAAACUGACACAGACCUGCUUGGUAAUCAGCACCAACACUGGCCGAGUCUACAGGCCAAAAGACUGUGAACAGCUUGUUCUCUACUUAAAGGAUAUCAAUCUCCCCAAACCUGACAAGUGGGGGUCAAGCUCACUGGUAGCAUUUCUACAACAGGUUUUAACAUACCAUGGCUUCUAUGAUGACAAUCUUGAAUGGGUUGGCUUAGAAAAUAUUCAGAUUGUGGCAUCCAUGUCUGCCAGUGGCACCAUUGGGAGGCAUAAACUGACAACUAGAUUCACUUCUGUGGUCCGUAUUUGUGCAAUAGACUAUCCUGAAAGGGACCAACUACAGACAAUUUGCAGUUCCUAUUUAGAGCCUGUUCUUCUUAAGAAUCUAAAGAAAGACCCCGUCUGGAGCUCUGUGUCAAAGAUUCACCAGCUAGCAGGGUCUAUGGUUCAGGUCUAUGAACAGGUUCGUGCAAAGUUUUCAGUUGAUGAUCAUAGCCACUAUCUGUUUACACCAUGUAUCCUGACUCAGUGGAUUCUGGGGCUCUUUAGAUACGAUUUAACUGGAGGAUCUGGAAAACAUUCUCUAGACCACGUUCUGGAAGUUGUGACAUAUGAAGCCCGUAGAUUAUUCCGUGACAGGAUUGUGACAUCCAAAGAGCUCAAUGUCUUUGACAAUAUUUUAGUGUCUGUGCUGCAAGGAGACUGGGGUUCUGAUGUCCUUGACAACAUGGCAGACUUUUUCAAUGUCACAUGGGGUGCACCACAUGAAGCAGGAUCCACACUUGCCCCGGGACAGUCUUUACCCCCUCAUGGGCGGCCUCUUGGAAGGCUGGACUCUGCAGACUUCAAAGAUGUCAUUAAGAAAGGCCUAAUCCACUUUAGCCGAGAUAACCGGGAGUUGAAUAUCCUCCUCUUCCAUGAAGUACUGGACUAUAUUUCCCGUGUAGACCGUGUUUUAAGCUUUCCUGGUGGCUCUCUUCUGCUGGCGGGACGAUGCGGUGUUGGUCGUAGGACUGUCACUUCACUAGUGAGUCAUAUGCAUGGAGCUGUACUCUUUACUCCUAAGAUCUCCAGAGGAUACGAGCUGAAGCAAUUCAAAAAUGAUCUGAAGCAGGUCAUGCAGAUGGCUGGCAUUGAAGGGCAGCAAGUAGUGCUUCUCCUUGAGGACUAUCAGUUUGUCCAUCCAACAUUCUUAGAAAUGAUCAACAGCCUUCUUUCAUCAGGUGAGGUUCCUGGUUUAUAUACUACAGAGGAACUGGAACCGCUAUUGUCUCCACUGAAAGACCAGGCAUCAGAAGAUGGCUUUACUGGACCAGUGUUUUCCUAUUUUACCUACAAGGUUCAACAAAAUCUGCAUAUUGUCCUCAUCAUGGAUUGUACAAACAUUAAUUUCACCAUAAACUGUGAAAGUAAUCCAGCUCUGUACAAGAAAUGUUCUGUGCAGUGGAUGGAAGGCUGGUCUGACAGAAGCAUGAAGAAGAUUCCUAAAAUGUUAUUUUCUGACAAAAGUCAAGAAAAGGGAAAAGACCCCAAACACAAAAAGUCUACUUCAGGUGAUACCAACUUUUAUAACACUUUUCUGAUGAUCCACGAGUCUUGCAAAGCACACGGUGCCACCCCAAGACGAUACAUGACCUUCCUCCAAGUAUAUGAGGCACUUUUCAACAGCAAAAGGACAGAGCUGACUAAAAAACAAAAACAUUUACAGGCUGGUGUAUCAAAGCUGAAUGAAGCCAAGUCUCUGGUAGAUGAGCUGAAGAGUAAAGCUGGAGAACAAAGCUUAUUGUUGAAAAGCAAACAGGCUGAGGCUGACUCUGCGCUCCAGGAGAUCACCACAUCUAUGCAGAACGCCAGCGAUCAAAAAAAUGAAAUGGAGAAAAUAAAACAUAAAAUAGCAGAGGAGUCUGCCAAGAUUGGGGAGAGACAAAGACAAAUUGAUGAUGAACUAAAAGACGUUCAGCCUCUGAUUGAGGAAGCAAAGCAGGCAGUCGGGAACAUUAAGUCGGAGUCUUUGUCUGAGAUUCGUUCCUUACGUAUGCCACCUGACGUUAUCAGGGACAUUCUCGAAGGUGUGCUAAGACUCAUGGGCAUUUUUGAUACUUCUUGGUUUAGCAUGAAAAGCUUUCUUGCCAAAAGAGGAGUACGGGAAGAGAUAGUUACAUUUGAUGCUAGAAACAUCUCAAAAGAAAUACGUGAAAGCGUGGAGGAACUCCUCGAGAGGAAUAAUACAUCUUUUGAGGCCAAGAAUGCCAAAAGAGCCAGUGCUGCUGCAGCACCUCUUGCUGCCUGGGUGAAGGCCAAUGUAAAAUAUUCCUAUGUGCUGGAGAAGAUUCAACCCCUGGAGAAGGAGCAAGCUGUGCUGCAAUCGAAUUUCAAAAGAACAGAAGAGAGGAAGCAGAAACUGGAGGAUCAGCUUAAUACAGUUGGACAGAAAGUGGCAGAACUGAAGGAAAAGUUUCAGACGCGGACUACUGAAGCUGCUAAACUUGAAGCUGAAUUGUCGAGAGCUCAGGAAAUAAUUCAGUCUGCUGAGCUACUGAUAGGCCAGUUGGAUGGGGAGCACAAACGGUGGAAUGCACAGGUGGAAGAAAUGACAGAAGAAUUGAAUUCUUUACCAAAGAGAACCCAGCUAGCAGCUGCUUUCAUCACUUAUAUAUCAGCCGCUCCUGAAGACCAGAGGAAGGACAGCAUAGAUCAAUGGAUGAAAGCCGUGAAUCUGGAAACAUUUGAUUUAAGGCGGUUUUUAUCCACGGAAAGUGAGCAGCUUAUUUGGAAAAGCGAGGGGCUGCCCUCUGAUGAGCUGUCUACAGAGAACGCUCUGGUCAUUCUACAGAGUCAAGUUUGUCCAUUUUUAAUCGAUCCGUCUUCCCAAGCUACAGAGUGGUUAAAAACACAUUUGAAGGAGUCUCGUCUGGAAGUCAUCAAUCAACAGGAUGCAAACUUCAUUACAGCUCUCGAGUUGGCUGUCCGAUUUGGCAAGACACUUAUUAUCCAGGAGAUGGAUGGAGUGGAACCAGUGCUGUAUCCGUUACUUAGAAAAGAUUUGAUUGCUCAGGGCCCUCGCUAUGUUGUCCAGAUUGGUGAGAAAACAAUUGAUUAUAAUGAAGACUUCCGCUUGUUUCUUGCAACCCGUAAUCCAACUCCAUUUAUACCACCUGAUGCAUCAUCAGUUGUUACAGAAGUAAAUUUUACUACCACUAGGGCUGGAUUACGAGGACAGCUUUUAGCUUUAACCAUUCAGCAUGAAAAACCGGACCUUGAGGAACAGAAAACCAAAUUGUUACAACAAGAGGAAGAUAAGAAAAUUCAGCUGGCUAAGCUGGAAGGGUCUCUCCUGGAGACACUGGCUACUUCCCAGGGAAACAUUCUGGAGAAUAAAGAGUUGAUAAACUCCUUGAAUCAGACUAAAGCCAGCAGUGCCCUCAUCCAGGAGUCUCUAAGUGAAUCAAACAGACUGCAGGUUUCUCUAGAUCAGGAGCGGAAUGCCUAUCUUCCUCUGGCAGAAAGUGCCAGCAAGAUGUACUUCAUUAUCUGUGACUUAUCCAAAAUAAAUAACAUGUACCGCUUUAGUCUAGCCGCUUUCCUGAGACUCUUUCAGCGAACUUUGCUGAGCAAACAGGAACAAGGUAGCACUGAAUUGAGGAUCAAAUCACUAAUAAGCGCAUUAAAGCACAUGGUGUAUGAGUAUGUAUGCCGCUCACUAUUUAAGGCUGACCAGCUGAUGUUUGCUUUACACUUUGUGCGUGGCAUGCAUGCUGAGCUCUUUCAGGAGAAUGAAUGGGAUGUAUUCACUGGUGUCAUCAUUGGGGAUAUGUUCAAGAAAUCGGACUCUCAGAAGUCUCUGCGAGAUCAGAUCCCAUCUUGGAUAGAGCAGGAAAGAGCUUGGACGGUGGCAUUGUUUAAGGCCUCUCUGCCGGCUCUUUAUCAGAGCCUAAGCUUGGAAGAUUCAAAUCUGUGGAGUCAUUUCUCAAAGAGCUCGGUGUGCGAGCAAGAAUUCCCAGCAGCCAUUGCCAAGAAACUGUCCUUGUUCCAACAGAUCUUAUUGGUACAAGCCAUUCGACCAGACAGACUGCAGAGUGCAAUGGCGUUAUUUGCAUGCAGGACUUUGGGAUUGAAAGAGUUGUCUCCCGCCCCUCUAAACUUAAAACGUCUCAGUAAAGAAACACUGGCUAUCGAACCCAUUCUCAUUAUUAUAUCUCCUGGAGCUGACCCAUCCCAGGAACUACAGGAACUUGCCAGUGCUGAAGUUGGCAGAGAAUGUUAUCGUGAAGUGGCGAUGGGACAGGGCCAAGCCGAUCUGGCUGUCCAGACACUGAGAGAAUGCGCCCGGGAAGGGGAAUGGCUUUGCCUCAAGAAUCUGCAUCUUGUCAUCUCUUGGCUGCCAGUCCUGGAAAAGGAAUUGAACACCCUUCAACCAAAACCCGAAUUCCGUUUGUGGCUUACUGCUGAAGUUCACUCCAAAUUUACCCCAAUCUUAUUACAGUCGAGCUUGAAGAUAACAUACGAGGCACCCCCUGGUUUAAAGAAAAAUCUACUGAGAACUUAUGAAUCUUGGACGCCGGAUCAAGUUAGUAAAAAUGGCCUUUCGACUCGGGCACAGGCUUUGUUUAGCUUGGCAUGGUUUCAUGCUGUGUGCCAGGAAAGAAGAAACUAUAUUCCUCAGGGUUGGACAAAAUUUUACGAAUUCUCUUUGUCAGAUCUGCGUGCUGCAUAUGAUAUUAUUGAUCGGCUGUUUGAAGGUGGCAGAAACUUUCAGUGGGAGUUUGUGCACGGUCUCUUGGAGAACGCAAUCUACGGAGGACGUGUAGAUAACUAUUUUGAUUUACGAGUUCUUCGCUCCUAUCUGGAACAGUUUUUCAAUUCUCAUUCUGGAGGAUUAAAGGGAAGCAAGAUGACUUUUCCAUUGUCCGUAUCUCUGCCAAAUUCCUGCAGCAUUAUAGACUAUCGCAAUGUGAUUGAAAGUCUCCCAGAGGAUGAUAAGCCUGCUUUCUUUGGUCUUCCCGCCAAUAUUGCACGUUCAUCACAGCGCAUGAUAAGCUCACAGGUUAUAUCGCAACUGAGGAUUCUGAGCCGCUUGGUAACUGCAGGCUCCAAGUUUGAUCGUGAAUUGUGGUCUAAUGAACUGUCUCCUGUUCUCAACCUGUGGAAGAAGCUCAACCAGAACUCCAACCUGAUCCAUCAGAAGGUGUCCCCUCCUACAGAGCGGCAUGGGUCACCCAUCUUGUCAUUCAUCAUCCUGGAGCAGUUCAGCGCUAUCCGCCUAGUACAGAGUAUUCACCAAUCUCUGGCGGCUCUCAGUAAGGUCAUCCGGGGAACAUCGUUGUUGAGUUCUGAAGUACAGAGUCUCGCAAGUGCUUUACUAGAACAGAAGUGUCCACUUGCCUGGCAAAGCAUAUGGGAAGGUCCGGAAGAUCCUUUACAGUACCUAAGAGGGCUGGUAACGCGAGCAAUAGCAAUUCAGAAUUGGGUGGAGAAAGCAGAAAAACAGAGUCUUUUAUCCGACACCUUAGACCUGUCAGAACUUUUCCAUCCGGAUACAUUCCUGAAUGCUUUACGUCAGGAAACAGCCAGAACAAUGAACUGCUCAAUGGAUAACCUCAGAUUUGUAGCAUCCUGGAAAGGACGCAUUCACGAUGCCAAGCUCCAAGUCAAGAUCAGCGGACUACAGCUGGAAGGAUGCAGUUUUGAUGGAAGUCGACUUUCAGAAAACCAGCAUGACUCUCCGAGUGUAUCUAUGGUACCACCUUGUUAUAUGGCCUGGAUUACACAGAAUACACUUGGUAUCUAUUCUCCAGAGGAGUGCAUUUCUUUGCCGGUAUACACCAGUGCUGAGCGGGAUCAAGUUGUGACCAACAUUGACAUACCGUGUGGCGGAAGCCAGAAUAAGUGGAUACAAUGCGGAGCUGCACUGUUUUUGAAGAAUCAGUAGAGGAAUACAAGAACAUAUACAGCAAUGUGAUAUAUUACCUCCAUGUGAUAUUUAUAUACGGUUAAUAUUUUGUAAUAGUUUAUUAAUGUUUCUGUUGCAUUAUAUUUAUGAGAUUGUUUUAUUAAAGCGUUUCCUGAAUUUCUAAAAAUUA